AUGGAGGCUCGCCAGUCCCUCGCUCGUCUCCGCGGCCUGUCUUCUGAUCAUCCAGAACUAAUCCACGCGGUCGCAUCCUUACCACCGACUGAACAAGUACGAACUCCGCUUACACUCGCCCGACAUAUGUUGAGUGAUCUUCGACGUCGCCGUGCGUUCAUCAUCGGUACAAUAACAAUGAUCGGUCAGGAGGUGUGCAGCGUGCUCGCUAUACUACAGUAG